AUGGCGUCUGAGGAUGGCCUCAGAGAGAAGGUCGGCCGCAAGCUGACCAAGCGGCGGAAGGAGCACAAGAGGGUGUCGUUGGAUAUACCGGAGCGCUUCAAAGACGGCGACGAUGCGCAGGAAGACGUUACAGCUCCCAAGAGCAAGGAGACCAUGGCCAUGAACCAGUCCCUGUUCUCCAUGAUUACUAGGGCGGGCGGUCGAUCGCAGACGGACUUGCGCAGCACGCGCGAAGUCGACUCUGGUGAUAGUGAUGAGGAGGGUGGACCCAGCCCGCAUUAUCACAGUCUUGACGGAGCUGCACGACUCAGUCGCCUAAGUACAAUCAACACUUGGGACGAAUCUACAGAGGCUGCAGAGGAUACAAAAGAAAAGGAUAGCAAACACCGAAGGGGUCUCUCGGAAAACAAGUUGCUUAAAUCCUUACCUCGACUGAAUAUCAAGCGGAGGGAAAGCAAGAAGGGCCGCUCCAGUGAUCGCAUGAGUUCUUCACAAAUCCUCCCUCCCCGCGCCACGGAUGCCGCCGAGGAAAAUUUACUGGACAAGCAGAGGAUUAGGACGAAGGUUCUACCCGAGCCUGAAGCGCAGAGACUACCUCUUGAACCUCAACGGAGUAGACACGGCAGCACAUCAAGCUCGUCAAAAGCAAAAGCUCCCGUCACGCUUGCACAAAGAUUGAUGGAAAUAUUUGAGUUUGAUUCUCUGGAGGAAGUUAUAUCUGAAUAUCCGUGCUGGCUCCUACAGAGCAUCCUUCUUCAAGGCUACAUGUAUAUAACCCAGAGACACAUCUGUUUCUAUGCGUAUAUUCCAAAGAAACAUCAUGAUGUUGGCAAGACUGGAUAUCUUUCCAAGCGCGGGCGGUCGAAAUACAAUCGAUACUGGUUCAAACUGAAGGGCGAUGUCCUAUCUUACUUCACCAAUCCUGCUGAGGUGUACUUCCCUCGAAACCAGAUUAAUCUGCAGUAUGCUGUCUCGGCUUCUGUGGCGGAACAAAAAGAUCCGAGUAAAGACGAAACGUUUUUCAGCAUCACUACGGAUGAUCGGACCUAUCAAUUCAAGGCCGACAGCGCUGCGAGUGCGAAGGAAUGGGUGCGAGCGAUUCAAAAAGUCAUCUUCCGGACUCAUAACGAUGGCAACAGCGUCAAGAUAUCGCUCCCAACCCAAAAUGUUUUGGAUAUUGAGGAGAGCACACUCCUGGACUUCGCCGAUACAGUCAAGAUACGAGUGAUUGACAACGACGAGACAUUUGCUGUGGACGAUUAUUUUUUCUCUUUCUUUACCCAUGGACAGGAUGCCUUGAACGUAUUACGAAUAAUGGUAAACGAUAAUGACAUUCACGUGAACUCGCCUUUACCACAGGACCAUCAGAGCGCCUUGAAUCAGAGCACGUUGACUCAGAACGCACUAUCAAAAUCUCCACGCCAAGGCCGGUCUGUAGACCUUCGUCGCACCUCCGCUCAGACGAGCCCCAUCGAUACCCCCCAGAUUCGCGAAAACGUUAGGGCUACCCUUUCACCGCUACCCGCUGACCAUCUCGCCCGAUCAAGGUCUCGGGUAAGUGCAGAGUCCAGGCGUUCGAGUUCUGAUAUUAAUCGCCGAAGCGCUGAUAUUCGGCGGAGUAUGGAUGCCUCACGUGGAUUCCGACGGCCAAAUCAGGAGGCUAGGCGUAGUCUGAGCGAGAACCGACAGAACCCUCACCAGCGGAGUGGUGCUGGAGACAAAUCACCGCUUUCCGCAAAGCCGCAAGACUCCUCUGAUUCCGCGUCGAAUUCGCUUAAUCCCGGCACAGAAUCUUCUGCCGCAAUCCAGUCCAUCGAUGAAAGCAACGUCUCCGCCAGCCAGAUCCUCAACCGAAGCGAUGUUUUCCGGGGGCCAACCAUUCACCACCAAGGUGUAUCCACGUCGGCAGUGUCGGAUCCUUCUCUUGAUAAGUUUGCUAGACAAUCGCAGGACACGACACGCUCUUUUGGCGCGGGCAAAGUCCCACAACAGUCGCAUUCUAACAAGACACGCGAAAACACCGCGAAGACCAAUAUAGAGGAAGAGAACGAAGGCCAACAAGCAGCCGGGAGGUUGUCAGGAUCCUCGUCAGCCUUGCAGGAUUUUAUGGGCGCAGCCUCAUAUCCUUUGCAGAAAGCGACCGGACUGGCCGGCUUCAUCAGAACGCGAUCGAAGAAAAUGAGCAAUCUACUUGCUACAGAAUCCAUGGGUUACUAUGAGAAGGUUUCUGGGAUGUGGGCGGGCGGCAGGCGACACUAUAACACAGCAGAGGGUCUGCAGCCUGAGGACCAAGUGCGCGGAGCAGAGGACGAAGAGGAUGCCGUGAAGGCCGCCGAACACUUCCGAGAGCACUUUUCGCUGCCCGAAACGGAGCAGCUUCAAUCCUCCUUUUUCUGCCAUCUUCAGCGAGUACUCCCUACUUAUGGGAAGAUAUACCUGAGUAAUCACUACUUCUGCUUUCGAAGUCUCAUGAUCGGGUCAAGAACCAAGGUUAUACUACCUCUGAGAGACAUCGAGACCGUCAAUAAAGAAAAGGGGUUUAGGUUGGGGCUACAUGGUCUCGUCGUGGUGAUUCGCGGGCAUGAAGAACUGUUUUUCGAAUUUUCGCGGGCAGAGUUCCGAGAUGACUGCGCCGUUACCCUUCUCCGAAUUUUGGAGAGCACUCGGUACAUGGAAGAAGCCAGCAACGACAGCUCCGACAUCGACUCGGACGACGAGGCCGCGAAGGCAGAGCAUGACAUGCUGCAGGAAGCCCGAAAGAAAGCAGAUUCGAACCCUCCACUUGAGGCAUCUCAGAUCAUCCGCGAAUCUGGCAAGGGCGCACCUACUUUUCCGAUUCGAGAACUAGCUAAUACUGUGGUAGAGCAAGGAAGAAUACCACUCGUAUUCGACGACCCUUUGGCAUCGAUAGUAGAUUUUAAGCCUACUGCACCGAUGAGGAUUGUGUGUCUCACAAUCGGAUCACGAGGAGAUGUCCAGCCGUACAUUGCUCUCUGCAAAGCCCUCAUCAAAGAAGGCCAUGAUUGCUGCAUCGCAACUCAUGCGGAAUUCGAGCCCUGGGUUCGACAACACGGUAUCGACUUUCGGCCCGUGGACGGAAACCCAACUGAACUUAUGGCGAUAUGCGUUGAGCAUGGCAUGUUCACGAUCUCAUUCAUGAGGGAAGCGAACUCGAAGUUUCGAGGCUGGCUAGACGACGUUUGCAGGUCCUCUUGGCGAGCCUGCCAGGGCGCUGAUCUAUUGAUUGAAAGCCCAAGCACGAUGGCGGGCAUCCACAUAGCCGAAGCACUGGAAAUACCAUAUUUCCGUGCAUUCACGAUGCCUUGGACGAGAACAAGAACGUAUCCACACGCCUUCACAGUUCUGGAUCACAAGAUGGGAGGCAACUACAACUCUGUCACAUAUAUAACCUUUGAAACUGUCUUUUGGGCAGCAAUUCGAUCUCAGAUCAAUCGCUGGAGAACUACAGAAUUGGGACUGCAGAGCACAAGCCUGAGUAAGAUGCAACAGAACUCUCGGCCCUUCCUUUACAACUUCAGUCCUUCGGUAGUCGCUCCGCCACUUGACUGGCCGGACUGGAUUCGCAUUACUGGGUACUGGUUCUUGGACGAGCCUGGCUGGGAGCCACCUCAAGACUUGGUGGACUUCAUCAAGAAGGCGCGCAAGGACAAGAAGAAGAUUGUAUAUGUUGGAUUCGGCUCUAUCGUCAUUGACGACCCAGCGGCAUUAACAAAGGCGGUGGUAGACUCUGUUCUCAAGGCUGAUGUUCGUUGUGUCUUGUCCAAGGGCUGGUCCCAUAGACUCAACAGUGGCGACGCCUCAAAACCGGAGAUUCCACUGCCUCCCGAUAUUUUCCAGAUCCAAUCCGCGCCGCACGAUUGGUUGUUCACGCAGCUGGACGCAGCUGUUCACCACGGCGGUUCUGGGACAACCGGAGCUAGUCUCCGCGCUGGGAUACCAACGAUCAUCAAGCCCUUCUUUGGCGAUCAGUUCUUCUUUGGACAGCGUGUAGAAGACCUACAGGUCGGGAAGUGUUUGACCAAGAUCAAUACUACUGUUCUUGGUCGCGCGUUGUGGGAAGCGACAACCAGUGAAAGAAUGAUCAUCAAGGCCAAAGUCCUCGGCCAGAAAAUUCGAAAGGAGGAUGGAGUUGGAGUUGCCGUCCAGACGAUCUAUCGCGAGCUUGACCGCGCCCGGUCUCUUGUCAGGCACCGCGAGAAGCCAGUCGAUGGCGCCACGCCCGAGGCCGAAGAGGACUGGACCUGGAUCGAUGACGAGGAAGAAGAAAUGGAAAUGGCGCCGCAAGUCUCGCAUUGGCAGGCGGUUGCAGGUCUUGGGCAGGCACCGACCGAGGGGCGCUCAGGUAAUUCGGCGCAGGCGUUGGGGGGCAUAGUGCUGAAAGGUGCAGGUCAGACAGACCAGCGGCGUUAACAAGCAGUACGUUU